AUGUCGCAUCGGCACGCCGGGAACCACGAGAAGAGCACCCAGGAGGGCACCCGGAAGGAGGAGAGGACACAGGUGUGCAAGCUUCAGCACUCUGGAAAGCAGAUUGUGGUCUGUCAUCAGGGUCCAGUUCCUGUUCGGAGGAAGGUGAUGCCCAGCAUCCUCAGCCGGCCAGCA